AUGUUACGCACAAUCGGUCGCCGUUUCUUCUCCAGAGAAGCUACCCCAUACGACAGCACCAUCAAGAACUUGCUAUUGUCCAAGGACACCAAGGUCAUUUUCCAGGGUUUCACCGGUAAACAAGCCACUUUCCACGCCAAGAUAUCGCAGGAAUACGGCACCAACGUCGUUGGUGGUACCAACCCAAAGAAGGCAGGCCAAACUCAUUUGGGACAACCGGUUUUCGCCAGCGUCGCUGAAGCUGUCAAGCAAACCGGCGCUACCGCCUCAGGUAUCUUUGUGCCUCCACCAAUCGCUGCCCCAGCCAUCAGAGAAGCCAUCGAAGCCGAAAUUCCACUAGCCGUCGCUAUCACCGAAGGUAUCCCUCAACACGACAUGCUAUACAUCGCUGAAAUGUUGAAGUCCCAGGACAAGACCCGUUUGGUCGGUCCAAACUGUCCAGGUAUCAUCUCCCCAACCGCAAGAGUCAGAAUCGGUAUCCAGCCAACCAGUAUCUUCAAGCCAGGUAAAAUCGGUAUCGUCUCAAAGUCCGGUACCUUGACCUACGAAGCCGUCCAACAAACUACCAUCACCGACUUGGGUCAAUCCUUGGUCAUCGGUAUCGGUGGUGAUGCCUUCCCAGGUACUGACUUCAUCGACGCCCUAACUUUGUUCAUGAACGACCCACAAACAGAGGGUAUCAUUUUGUUGGGUGAAAUCGGUGGUACCGCUGAAAUAGAGGCCGCUGAAUACUUGAAGGCCUACAACUUGACCAGAGAAAAGCCUUUGCCUGUCGCCUCCUUCAUCGCUGGUACCGUCGCCGGCCAAAUGAAGGGUGUCAGAAUGGGUCACUCCGGUGCCAUCGUCGAAGGUUCCGGUACCGACGCCGAAUCCAAGAAGAAGGCUUUGAGAGCCGCUAACGUCGCCGUCGUCGAAUCCCCAGGUCACUUGGGUAAGGCUCUAUUGGAACAAUUCUGA